ACGACGAUGUUACAACUUUGCGCCGGAGCUUCUGCUUUUUCAGGAACCCCAUCCACAACUCUUCAGACUCAAAAUUUGAUUACCGACAAACUUCAAUCAACUCAUGCCCGCUUCAUAGUUCGCAUCAAACCCCCAAACCACGCUCCUAAUCAACAAUGACCUCCCGCCUUGUCCUGGUCAUUGGCGACCUCCACAUCCCAGAUCGAGCUCUAGACAUUCCCGCAAAGUUCAAGAAACUCCUCACACCGGGCAAAAUCGGCCAAACGCUCUGCCUAGGCAACCUCACAGACAAACCCACCUACGAAUACCUACGAAGCAUAGCACCGGAUCUCAAGAUAGUAAAAGGACGAUUCGACGCCGAAGCUACCUCUCUUCCCCUCUCGCAAGUCGUCACACAUGGGUCGCUGCGCAUAGGGUUCUUAGAAGGAUUUACAAUGGUGGCUCCUAUGGAGACGGAUCUUAUGCUUGCGGAGGCGAAUAAAUUGGAUGUAGAUGUAUUGUGUUGGGGCGGCACUCAUCGGUUUGAUGCUUAUGAGUAUGAGAAUAAGUUCUUUGUCAACCCGGGGAGUGCUACGGGUGCGUUUACGACUGGCUGGAUGGGUGAGGGAGAGGAGCUUGUGCCGAGCUUUUGCUUGAUGGAUGUGCAAGGUAUUGGUUUGACGCUUUAUGUCUACCAGUUGAGGAAAGAUGCGAAUGGAGUGGAGAGUGUGAAUGUCGAGAAAAUAACCUACACGAAGGUUGUGGGCGGAUCAUGAUGGGAUGACAGAGCUAUGGUUUACAUCUACCUUGGCCGAAAGUAAUGGGUUGGCGGUGAUAAAACCGCCAUGGAUGUAUAGGAGGAGCUCUGCUGAAGGCUGUCACCAUGUUGGCCGACCUCUGCUAAAGAAGCCUUAUCUUCUCAAGAUACUACAGGCAUUUUCAU